AUGGGAGCGUUUGUGGAGAACCUCGGAGUGUGCACGAUAACUCGUGCUGAAAUUAUGGCGGCCAUCCGAGGACUCCAGCUUGCGUGGAGAAACGGCUAG